GCAUCGUCGACGACCGCUUGGACGUGCUGUCGUUCCGGUGUCUGGUGCACCCGCUGGAGCAUCGCAUCAACUUCUGCAGAAGCCGGACUGGGACAACAAUAUGACGCAGGUUGCAGACCGGUUUGUCAACGCCGUGUGCCCGCAACCGCGCGUUGAUGUGCUCAAGCUGAUGCAAACCUUUGCCGAGCUCGCCAACACCUGGCCCCUCCUCACCGAGCAAAAGCACAGGACGCUGGUUGAGAAGUUCCUCCAGCUGCACGACGACUACCUGGUGGUUGAAGAGGGAGCAGGAAAACUGCAGGACAUUUCCGUCGCAAACGCCGGCCUCGCGGGCAUUUCGAUGCAGUCGCUCGGCAUUGAGGAUCUUGGCGGCGACCUCGACAAUCUCAGUGACGAUGAGAGCGUCAGCAAUGACGACGACGAGGAGGACAAUGAUGACCGGCGCCGGAAGCGCAGCGCGAUGCAGCACGACGGCCGUGGUGGUCGUGGUGGUCGUGGUGGUCGUGGUCGUGGUGGUCGUGGCCGUGGUCGUGGUCGUGGUCGAGGACGUGGCCGUGGUCGUGGUCGUGGUGGUCGUGAUAGCAAGCGCCCAAAGCGGGAGGAUGACACUUCUAACGACAACGCUGACGAUGAUGACACGAAGCGCGAUGGUGCCGACGCCACCAACGAUGGCGACGAUGCUGUGCAGGCGUAUGAUCCAACGGCGGCUGCGCAUCGUCGCGUGUUCUGGCGGCGGCGGCGGCAGAUGGUGCGCAUGGUGCGCAAGCGGCGAAAGGUCGCGCUAAGCCAGAUGGAGGCCAUGCUCUCUGUGCUCGCCAGCUUCAACAACGGGAAGGCGCUGAUGGAGUGGGAGCGCCUGCAGGCGAUUGUGCUCAACUUCCUGCACCAUUCUGACGCGAACAUCCGCGCCAACGCCCUCAAGGCAAGCGCUUCGUUCAGCCGCAUGGUGCGCAAGUACCUGGAGCCCAUGAUGGCUGUCAACACGGAGAUGGGGCCCCAGCUCACAGAGCGCUUGAAGACAUUCAACGUCGCCUCCCCAGCCGUUGUAGAACCGGAGCACGUUGAAGAGGUGACGACCGUGUUCUUCCGGCUGCUACAGGCCAAGAUGUUUGCGCGCAAGGGCAAGUCCCAGAAGUACUCGCCCAAGUUCCAGCGCGCCCUCAUUCUCCGCUACUUGGCCGACUGCCGCACAGAGGGCGGUGAGGGCUUUGUGCUGGAUGCGUUCCUGCAUCUGCUUGUGCUGCCGUUUGCGCAGUCGCCAACGCCACCCGUCUCCGUUGCGCCGGGCGCCGCUGUGGAUGUGGACGCGCUGCUGGCGGAGUUCAACGUCGGCACAGACGUGCACGCAGCUGUUCCGCUCAACCGCCAAGUCGGUUUCCUGAUGCUUGCCGAGUCGCUGCUGAAGGUGUUUGACACGCGUCUGCAGCCGCACCUGCCGAUGAUGGUGGCCAUCAUGGUGCAGAUGGCGCGCGAGGCCCACGCUCUGCUCGCCGUCGUGAUGAGGUCGCCCCGCGCUACAUCCGUGAACUCAGGAUGUUCCGCAAGCUCAGCAUCCGCCGCCUCUGCAGCCUCUACAACUUCUUCAACGCGAAAUUGCUGGAGCCGUUUGCGAGCGCGGUGCACGAGCACGUGAUUGGGCCGCAGGUGGCGUCGCUGUAUCACGAAUGCUCAAAUGCCGUCGUCCCCAUCCUCCAACUCCUCAUCACGUGGAGCGAGGAUCCGAAAAUGCACCGCAUGAACAACAACGGGACGAUGGAGCGGUGGGACCAGCCCGAGGACAUUCAAGAGCUGGCGAAAUCG